GUAGUGCGAAACUACGAUCUCUUCGAAGUUCCAACUCCAACUUGUUCUUCUUCCUCCCGAGAUCAACAGAGACGGCAACUCAGAAUUCACACUCCGUUUUCAGAUCAAAGUGCAGAUGACCUUUCUGCUCAAGCAACCCUUGAUCAACUCCUAACCAUAGAAAGUAAACAAGGGAAGCAAUGGUGGGAUCACCCAAGAAACACUUGCUUCCUCUUACAAUCGUCUCCUUCCUUGCUCUCUUCUUUUUCUCCCACUACCAUUCCUCUCUCCCUCUCUCCUCUCCUCAUCAAGAUCCCACUUAUACCCGUCAAGAAAUCCAUUACUGGAAAUCUCCCACGCCCUUCGCUCUCCUUAUCAAAGUCCUCGCCUUCAACCGCCUCGAGUCUCUCUCCCGCUGCCUUCGCUCACUCGCGGCCGCCGAUUAUGGCGGAGACACAGUCCACCUCCACGUUUACAUUGAUCACUUUGAUGCUAGUAGAAAUUAUUCGAGGGAUUAUUUGGAACACAAACUGGAGGAGUCGCGCGAGAUUUUGGCGUUUGUGGAUGGAUUCGAGUGGAGGUUUGGGAACAAGGUUGUGCAUUACCGGAAUGGGAAUGUGGGGUUGCAGGCGCAGUGGCUGGAAGCGUGGUGGCCGAGCUCGGAGAACGAGUUCGCGUUUGUUGUGGAAGAUGAUUUGGAAGUUUCGUCACUGUUUUAUAAGUUUGUUAAGAGUUUGAUUCUCAAUUUUUACUACAAUUCAUCCAAUUUCAGUCCCUCCAUCUACGGGGUUUCGCUGCAGCGACCAAGGUUUGUCCCAGGGAAACAUGGAAACAAAAUACAUCUGGAUAGUGGAACACGACUUUUCCUGUAUCAGUUGGUGGGCACCUGGGGUCAGAUUCUCUUUCCAAAUCCUUGGAAGGAGUUUAGGUUGUGGUAUGACAAGCACAAGACAAAGGGCCUCAAGCCAUUUCUUGAUGGGAUGGUGACGACAGGAUGGUACAAAAAGAUGGGAGAGAGAAUUUGGACUCCUUGGUUCGUAAAAUUUACUCAUUCUCGUGGCUAUUUUAACAUCUAUACCAAUUUUGCGCAUGAGAGAGCACUCAGUGUCUCACACAGGGAUGCUGGCGUCAAUUAUGGGAAAACAGCUGGCCCAGAUUCCCAACUGCUGGACAAAAAUUCUCUGAACUUCAAUAUUCUUGAAAUGCAACCUUUGAGUAAUCUAAAGUGGUAUGAUUUCUGUUUCAGAGAAGUACUGCCAGGAAGAGUUGUUAGGACCUUGGAUGAACUCGGAUCUGUUCUUCCCUCGGUGCAGAAACAGGAAACCAUUCUCUUAGUGAGCUUCUAUGGAACAUCAGAGAUCAUCACAAGGAAUCUGAUCUGCCACUUUGAGAGAUUAAAUAUCAGAAACUACAUAUUAAUGGGCCCGCAAUCUGGCUUUCUAUUUGAUCUUGCAAGAAGAGGACAUCCUGUAAUUGAUGCAGACCAAUUUCUCAACAAUCUUAGAGGAAACAAAUUGACAAGAUUGCUAGGUUCGGAUGCAAAGGUCAAAGAGGUUUUAUUGAAGGCCUACAUUAUCAAGAAGUGUUUAGAACAUAAUUAUAAUUCCUGGUUAGUGGAUGGGAACAUCCUUGUCAGUAGUGAUCUGAUUCUUGGGCCCAAUGAUCCUGACCAUAAUUUCUACGCUGGGAAGCACUCAGAACUUUUUUAUGUCAGGAGCUCGUCUUCUGCUCAGAAAGUUUGGAAUGCUGAUUUUUUGUACAAUGUUGGAUCUAUGCUCAAUAAAGCUUCAUUUCCUGGAGAUGGCAGAAACCUUUUGUAUGCAGUGGAUAGUCUGUUGAAAAAGAAGGGUGUGAGGAUUGAGCCGCUUGAUGAGACCAGGUUUGGCAUGGAUAUAGGUACCAAUAACGUUAACCUAACUUCUUCGAAGUCAGAUGAGAAAAUGGUUUAUUGGUCUUCCAGUACGGGUUUUGAUUUAUUACAAAAGCAACUUGAAGAAUUAAGGAUGUGGGUUGUAGAUGGUGACUCCUCCUGCACUGCGGUUGUUUGUCAUCAGUGAUAGCAGCUGCGUUGCCCUUUCAUUGUACUUACAUUCAAGAAAGAACACUUAGUAUCCUUUCAUGUUCUUCUUUACUAAGGUGGGAAUCUCACCGCAGUGGUUGGUUCUCUAUUGAUAUGGAGCUACUAGGCGACACUGAGAGAGAGGCAUAUGUUGGAACUAUCUCUUGAAAACUACCGUUGCAUAAAAGUAUGCAUUCGUCUUCAUUUACUUGGCCAUUCUAAGAUUUGUGAGUCAUUGACCCCGUGGUGCGAAACAACUCUGGCAAUUUUGGACUUGGCAGAGGACUAGGAUACAGAGAUUUUGCCACUCUAGGCAACUUUUUCACAAGUAAAUUUUGGAUGUUCUUCGAGCAAUUCUACAAGUGAAGUGGGGUGGUGUACCAGCGAAGCAUGGGAAAACUUUUUAAGAUUCAAAAUAGUGCAGUAGUUUUCAAACUAUUUUUGCUCGAAUUAGGCUCCUGGAGAAAAAUCUGGUAAUAGCUUUAUUUGUGUUGAAUGUUGAUUGAUUCUAUAGAUUGUGUGCGAGGCAAAAAGAAUGGAAUCUGAUUUUGUUUUUCU